AAAGUUACACUAUGUAAUUCAAAUGUAUAUAUCUGCCCCCAACCCCCACAAAAAGCUUCACUAUAUAACUUAUGGCAUAAAGUUACAGAUUUACAUUUUUCCCCCAUUGAUAUAGCAUUACACUGACAUAGUCAGUGUAAUAAAGUCAUCACCCUGACACAGUAGUGUCAAGAAAACAACCGCUCCCUCAGUGUUGCAAAAACAACAUUGAUUCAAACAAGAGGACAUGAUUUAGGAGUUGGGGGCAAAAGUUUAAGGGUAACACGAGGGGGAAUUUCUUUACUCAGAAAGUGGUAGCUGUGUGGAAUGAGCUUCCAGUAGAAGUGGUAGAGGCAGGUUCAGUAUUGUCAUUUAAAGUAAAAUUGGAUAGGUAUAUGGAUAGGAAAGGAAUGGAAGGUUAUGGGCUGAGUGUGGGCCAGUGGGACUAGGUGAGGGUAAGCAUCGGCAUGGACUAGAAGGGCCGAGAUGGCCUGUUUCUGUGCUGUAAUUGUUAUAUGGUUAUAACAAGGGAGCUGGUUGUGGACGACAGGAGGAAUGGAGACUGGCUAAACCCUAUUGACCUCAAUGGAUCUGGGGUUGAGAGGAUGAACAGCUUCAAGUUCCCCAGCAUACUCAUCACUAAGGAUCUCACGUGGUCUGUACAUACUGGCUAUGAGGUGAAAAAAGCAUAACAGCACCUCUUUCACCUCAGUUGGUCAAAGACGUUUGGCAUGAAUCCUCAAAUCCUAAGGACUUUCUACCAGGGCACAAUUGAGAGCACCCUUACUGGCUGCAUCACUGCCUGACAUGGGAACUGUACUUCCCUCAAUCGCAGGACUCUGCAGAGGAUGGUGCAGACAGCCCAGCGCAUCUGUAGGUGUGAACUUUACACUAUUCAGGACAUUUACAGAGACAGAUGUGUAAAAAGGGCCCGAAAGAUCAUUGGGGACCUGAGUCACCCCCACCACAACCCUGUUGACUUUAAUUCUAAUUGCACUGCCGCCUCUAAAUUUGAAAUUCAGUUGGAUCACGUGAGGGUAGCCAUUUCAUUUUGGUAGAGUUUGAGUCAGACUGAAGCAAGUUUACACCGAUUAUUGGUAUAGUGAUUGACCAGCCAUGGCAAUACAAUAAAUGCUUACAUGAUGUUAACCUUCUUGCAACCUUUACAACUUUGGUUACCCAUAUUGUGUACAACUGGAUAUUUAACUUGUAAACCUGGCUUCAUAUUCCCAAUUUGUAAGAGUGUGUGAUUUAAUCAUUGUAAGUUUGUGGCAUUAAGAACUUAAGGUAUUUUUCUGAUUUGUUCUCAGUUUCACUCUUACUUAAUUGUAGGUGUGCAUGUUACCCAAAUAAAGUACCUGGAGCUUAGAUUACUGCUAAGUUGAAUACUUCCUACUUCACACACAAGGAGAGCAGUACACUUGCACAUCUGAAAGCAGAUUUAACUAAAAUCCCAUUCUUAAUUGUUAAGAUUCAUCUUGAUCACAUGUUCAAGAUAUUGUGCUUCUUGAAUCACCAUUUUCAUUGCUCCCCAGAGUCCAUAUCCAAAGUCAUGCAUCAACACACAUAUCCUGGAUUCAUUCAUUCCAUUUCAAGCAAUCUUGGUCUGCAAUUCCACUUUAUCAUUCAACACAUUUAAUGUUUCAGCUAAGGACUUCUUCCUUUCAGAUAUCAAAGACCACAAACCUCAACUGCACUUGAGCUCACCUUGAUCUUUCUCCACCUUCACUUCCCCAUGAUCCCACAUUCUGUGUCCAUCUCUUGCUGUGCUUUCACUUUCCCUCCUCAUCUCUCCUGUUCUCAUUCUGAAUCAGUAGUCUACAGUAGAGGGUCUAACUUCAUUCCACUAUGUCCCACCAGGUAUGAAGUUAAGCUCACCUGACACCUUCAACUCUGCUCAUUUCUUUGAUCAGAAAUAUUUACCCGAACAAGAAUGGUUUCUCCCAUGUGCAGAAUUUAUAAUACACCAAUACCCUUAAUUGUAGCAUCCGGUUCUCUCUGGAAAGGUCAGUGACAAUGUUUACAUCAGGUAUUCCCCCACAUUUACUCAUUCUGAAGUUCAACAUUCUGCUCAAGGACUGAUCCCAAUAUUAUCAAACCGGUUUACAAAGGACAUUGCUGGCAUGUGUUUGUGCACAAAUGUCUACCUCAUACAGACCAAAUGUUACUUCGUGGACAUCUCUUCAUACUUCUCUCAAUGGAUCUUGACUCCAGCACACUGUUGCUUCGCGGACCUCUGAGUGACGGAACCCAUUUCCUGCACAGUCAUCAGCUUCAUAGUCAUUGAAACAGACACAACAACAUCUAGCUCCUGCCCAAGAUCUACAGAAGGCUUAUCAACAGAGCUACUGUAUUUGUCUAUUCUCAUUCUUUCUUUCUCCCCUUGCACAACCAAUUCUUCUGAAGUCUUCCUAUUUCAGGUUUUCAUUUUUCUAGUUCUGACCAGUUCACCUUUGUCAUGGACAUCUAGUCCAUCCCACACUAGGAUGGCCUGAGGGUCCUUUAUUUUUUUUGAAACAUAGGUACAACCAGUUCCCAAUGACCACACAUUUCCCAAAUGCAACCAAUCUUAGCUAAGGGAACUCACAUGCACCCAAAUUAUACCCACGUCCUCAAGGACAGUGGAACAGAGUUUCAAUCCAACCGAGGCUACGUCCAUACUAGACCGGAUAAUAAUGAAAACUUCGGUUUCGCAUAAAAACGAUAGGCGUCCACACUAUGCGUUUUUGAAAAUAUCUCUAUCCACAUUGAAAUGGUGAUUUUGGCGAAUUCCCUCCUCCUGCGCAUGCACAGGACAUAUUUACCGAAAACAAGCGACACGCUUGGUGUCGAAUCUCACCGUAAAAGUGCGCGUCUGUGUAGUUACAGACUAGAAAAACUUAAAACUACAGAAAGCUGUUGGCUUUCGCGCAGGUGAACUUAAAAGUUAAAAAAAAACAAAUACUGAAGCGUACGGUGGCAACCGACGGAGUUCACGGACAGAUUGACCCGGCUGACAACGAACAUUGAAAAACUGACCAAUUCUGUUGCAUUAAUAAAGCACCUUGUUAAAUGUAUAAAUGUUUUAAUGUCUGCAUCAGUUGUUAUGAUCCCAGCCCCCUCCUUUGUGAGAAUCGCAAGAGCACCCGUCGAAGGGUGGGGGGGGGGGUCAGUAGACCCAGUAGGGGAGAGAGAGAGAGAGACAUGCCAAAUUGCACAUCCCACCCGGGAUGCAGAAUAAGACGACAGCGACUAUUGUCUCAUGGAGACCACGUGAAAAGCCCUCGGGCAAGGUGGGCUGGUUGAGAGAGAGAUUGCAUCAUCCCAACCUGAUUGACACCUGCGACCCCAUGAGGAAGUAUAAAGGAGAGUCUCAGGGGGACAGCCCCCUCAGACGCACCAAGAAGACACGAGAGAGUGUUCCCGCAGUAGCGGGAAGCCAUUCUGAAGGAAGCCACGUGCGUUAGAUUCUGGGAUUGGAAUUUGUGGCUGGAAUAACAGAAAUCCGCUUUUAACUAACAUCGGGGAGAGGGAACCAACGCUCCCCCAAUUUCACAGAAGCUUCAUCAAGACUCGUGACAUCAGACUUCAACGGAACUCUGUCUUUGCUGGUAAGUUAUCCAGUUACGGGAUACGUAACACAGUGUUAUCUUGUAUUUCCAUACAAUGUUACAUCAGGCUGUUACGCAUCUAUUGUCAGAGAAGUACUUGCAUAAAUAAGUAAAUCACCUUCAUACAAGCAAGGACAGAAAAUAGGGCAAAGUGAGCAUACUUACUUAUUCAGUAAGUUAUGGGUCAAAGCAUUUGGUGAGUACAUUUCUAACUCUUUUGGCUUCAGUCUCAUUGCCGUCUGUUCUGAAAUUGUUAGGUUGCGUUCAAGAAAACAAUGAAAUAGCACGCUGCUGUCUGAUAGCGUUUUCAGAUUUCUCCAGUUACCCCGUCCACAAUGAUCUGCCCAGGCGGCAUUUUCAAAAAUACCCACCCUGGAAAGCAUUUCUGAAAAGCUCCGGUUCCAGGGCACGAAAAUGCCGUUUUAGUGUGGAAGGAGUGUUAAAACGAAGAGAAAAAGCUUCGGUUACGGAUUUAUCCAGCGUAGUGUGGAUGUAGCCUCAGGCCAAUUUUCUAUUACAUGCACAGUCACAUUGGUGCUGCUUCACGCGAAACUCCGAUUUCAUUGUUGCCUCUAAUUUCCAUCCUACUCUCCUUUUCACAUGCUUUGUAUCUGACUGUUCCCUUCCGAAUCCCUUCAAAUCUGUUUCACAAACAUAAAAAAAAAGCAAUAUGCCAUCCAGCCUUUUGAACCUAUUCUGCUAGUUAAUAAGAGUAUAGCUCAGGGGUCGGCAAUCCGCGGCUCCGGAGCCGCAUGCGCCUCUUUCAUCUCUGUGCUGCGGCUCCCUAUGGCUUUGGAAAAUAAAUGAUGAGUAUUUAAUUAAAAUGUAUUUUAUGUUAGUUUGUUAGUUUUUGAAAUGUAAUUCUAAAUUUGAAGAUUAUGGUGAUCUUGUACAAUCUAAAUAAAAUGUGUUUUUUGUCGCUAUUAAUAUACGUCACCAUGGCCAAUGCCUGACACCCGCCAGUGCGCGAUUUCUUUAAUUUUUCGAUCCAAGGUAGGCUAACUAUGGAGAAUUCUAAAAAAAGAAAAGUGACUAAAGAAAACAGAACGUUUAAUGAUACGUGGGCAGAUUCAUUUGCUUUCACUGCUGACGAGACUGGUUUACUGCUUAAUAUGCAAUGAGAAACUAGCAAACAACAAAAAGUCAAAAGUCGCAAGACAUUUCCAGAAUAAACACGCAGCCUUUGCUCAAAAAUAUCCGGAUGGAGAUGAGAGAAAAAAAGCCGUUUCGGAACUGAUGCGGAAGGUUGAUCUGAGCAAAAAUAAUUUCAAGAAGUGGAUGAUGUCUGAAAAAUCAACGACAUAUGCUAGUUUUGUUGCCGCUCAGGAAAUAGUCAGGCACAGGAAGCAGUUUACAGAUGGUGAAUAUAUAAAAGAAUCUUUCAUUAAGAUUUCAGAACAUUUAUUCACGGACUUUAAAAACAAGAGUGAAAUUGUGCAGAAAAUCAGGGAUAUGCCUCUCUCUGCAAAGACUGUCAAAGACAGAACCAUAAAAUUGGCAGAAGACAUCAGAAGACAGUAAAUUAAAGACAUCAAUUCAGCUGUGGCCUACUCGAUUGCCUGUGACGAGUCUAAAGACAAAGGUGAUAUUGAACAAAUUGCGCUGUUCUGCGGUAUGUAAACUCUGCCGGGCCACAGGAAGAAAUGAUUGAGUUGAUACCUCUAAAAGGCCAAACACGGGGGGGGGAGGACAUCUGUGAGGCUAUCUUGAAUUGUUUAAGAGCCAAAGUAAUAAAGACCACCCACCAGGUGUCAGUAGCUACUGAUGGGGCACCAAGUAUGACAGGAGUGCACAAGGGAUUUGUGGCUUUACUGCAGCAGUCGCUGGACAGAAAGCUGCUGACUUUUCACUGCAUCUUGCACCAAGAGGCACUGUGCACUCAAACAUUUCCUCCGGAAUGCACAGAAGUAAUGGAUGUUGUCAUUUAGAUUGUCAAUAAAAUAAUGGCAAAAAGUUUAAAUCACCGUCAAUUCCGUUUGUUACUGGACGAGCUGGAAAGCGCAUAUUCUGAUCUCCUGCUGCACAACUAAGUCCGGUGGCUGUCAAGAGGGGGGGUGCUGAAACGCUUUGUCGCGUGUCUCGAAGAAGUGAAAACUUUCCUGGGCAACAAAGGUCUCACCUUUCCUGAGCUGGAACAGCCAGAGUGCCCGUAAAAACUACACUUCAUGGUGGACAUGACAGCGCACCUGAACACGCUGAACACAGCUCUUCAGGGGAAAGGACACACAGCCCUGCACAUGUUGGAGGAUGUUUUGGCAUUCCAGCGCAAGUUGACUGUGCUUGCCAGAGAUUUACAGAAAGGCACAUUGUCUCACUUCCCCAAUUUGAGAGAGUUCAAACAAGCUCACGACAUGAUAAAUUCGGAGUAUUUACAUUCUGCAAUCAUCGCAAUGCAAACAUCAUUUGGGAAACGCUUCUGUGAGUUCAGAGAGGUAAAAAACACAUUAUCCUUCCCGGUCACUCCCCUAAGCAUCGAUCCAUCCCUACUGAAUACGACUGCAUUGGCAGCUGUGAGUCAACCUGAUCUUGAGAUGGAACUGGCCGACAUAGCCGACAAAGACAUAUGGGUGUCCAAGUUUAGACGCUUGACAGCAGACCCUGAAGAUGUUGCCCGUCAGAAGGCCGUUCUUGCUCAGAAUCAUAGAUGGAGUGAUAUUGAAAACCUGUCCGAACCGGACAAACUUGUGUUCGAAACAUGGAAUGCUAUCCCCGACAUUUAUGUAAACAUUAAAAAGAAUGCGCUUGGAGUCCUGUCGAUCUUUGGAUCCACAUAUGUAUGUGAGCAGGUGUUCUCCAACAUGAACUUUAUUAAAAAUAAACAUCGCGCACGCCUCACAGAUGACAGCUUGCGAUCCUGUGUAAAGAUGAAGGUGACAUCAUACAGCCCUGAUGUGCAGACGCUGUGCGCUGAGGUCCAGGAGCUGAAAUCCCAUUUACCAAGUUGACAGCUGGCUGACGUUAUUUUUGGUUUGCUGCUGGCGGACAAUUUAAGUUCGGCGUUUUUCAUAAAUACAAGAAGGACUCAAAUAGACAUUGAUUAUUUUACUUAAAAUUAACCUUCAACCCAACGUCUUUUUUUUUGGAGUUCAAAAUGUUUUUGUUGCAUGCAGAAAUGUAAUUUCGUUUUCUCUGCAGGAGUUCAUCGAUUUCAUAAAUGCAACACAUUAUAGUUUGUUUAUACAUAGCAUAAAGGCAAAAAAAAACAUUGUAUGCAGUGUUAUUUCAUUUUAAAUGUCAAAAGGGGUUUUGUGGCUCCCAGUCUUUUCUUUUCUGUGGGAAACGGGUCCAAAUGGCUCUUUCAGUGGUAAAGGUUGCCAACCCCUGGUAUAGCUAUUGUUUCUUUCCUCUAUACUAUUUGCAUCUUGUGGUCAUGGAGUAGAUCAGCAAUCUAUAUUCGGAACAAGCCUAGACUUUCACAGCCAUCUUCAAUAUACCUCCUCCCACUCUGCUGCCCACAAGGACUCCACUCCUUUCUCCCCAUUUCUCCAGGCCCACAUCAACUAUUCUGAUGACAAGAUUUUCCAAACAACAAGCUAGAGAAAAG